AUGCUGGAUCCAGGUUCAAUCAUCGCCCUCACACAAAUUACAUACGAAGGCGCCAAACGAGCAGUCGACCUCGUUCUCACAGCGAUACACUUUCCCAAAGAGUGCGAGGAAUUAUUCGUGCAGCUGAAGCUCGAGCAGUUCCGUCUGCAGUGCUGGGGUCGAAGUGCGGGGUUGGAGCAAGGCAGACUCAUCGAGGCUCUACACCCAAUCUUCCCAGAGAUACGAAACGCGCUUGACUGCAUAAGCGCUCUUUUCCAGGACUUGAAUAAGCUACAGGCCAAGUUUGGUAUCGUGUCGACGUCUGCGGAGGAUGUAGGCCAGAGACAAAAGGAACUGGCGUACAAGUGGAAUGAAGAACUUCAUAAACAGGGCCUGGCACUUUCGGGUACACAAGUUGAAGACGGGGCGCCGUCCUUGAUCUCGAAAGAACAGAAGGCUUUCUUCCCGGUCGGGACCUUCAAGGUCAAUCUACCAGCUCGACUACGAUGGGCAUUAGGAAACAAGUCCAAGUUUCGCGAUUGCGUGGCCGAGCUGGAGAGGUACACCAACAAACUGAACCAACUGUUACCAGAGCGACAGAGUCUCCAGUAUAAACAAGACUGGACAAGAGUCAACAUCAUAAUCGUCGGAAAAGCCGACGACGAGAACACCGUUUCCCUCCUACGAAAUGCCCUUGAGGGAAGUCCGGCGAUGGAAGCAUCACUCCGUGGCCUGGUGGAUAGAAAGUCAGUUGCUGCAGCUCCCAGUACGACAAAUUUCCUACGAGGCAACCCCCAGCUAAACAUGAAAGAUUUUGCGAUGCGCCCAGGAACCUUGGACAAGGACAGAUUCAUCACUACAAGUAAAAUUACUAAGCAGCUGGUUGUUUUUGAGAAGAAAUCAUGGGACGAUGAACGUUCCAUGGCCAACCGCUCGAAGCUCCAAAUGCGACUUAGCAGACUAGUUGCGAUGCUCCGCCCAGGCAGAAGUGACUGCAUCUUAAAGGCCAUCGGCUUCGCAGAAGAUGAAGUUACUAAAUGCUGGUGGAUCGUAUAUGAAAUGCCCUCAUUCAUAUCACUAAAUCCUAACCUUCGUCCUGUGACGCUCCACGAGCGGCUGGGACGUCAAUCUUUUCAUCUGGCUCCCCUCGAAGUCCGGAUGAAAAUCGCCUUCUCCCUUGCAUCAGCAUAUUCAGAGCUGUUCAGUAGUGGAUGGGUUCACAAGGCUAUCAGCAGCCACAGCAUCGUGUACUUUGGUCCUUAUACCGAUUUGCUACGUCCGUCUGUCGUUGGCUUUGAGUUUUCACGUCAGGAUACCGAAGAGUCAAACAUUGAUGCCGCCAAAACGCCAGCACAGGUUGAACGAAGCAUUUAUCGACAUCCAGAUUACAUCGGUAGUGAGGCAAAGAGAUACAUGACGCAAUAUGACAUUUACUCGUUCGGGCUCGUGCUGAUAGAGAUUGCUUUCUGGCAGCCAUUGAAAGAUGUCUAUCCGCAUGCCAAAGGCGAGACAUUCGGGAAAGAAGAGGCGAAGAAUGUGCAGAAGUGGGCUGCUCACGUUGCAGACACACAGUUUGCAUUCAGAGUUGGUACUGCGUAUGCUAACGCUGUGAGCUGGUGUCUCAAGAGCGGUGCGAAAGUCAGCAAGGAUCAAGAGGACUGGCAUCCAGCUUUGGCGUUCAAUGAUCAUGUCGUUGUUCCACUUUCUGGAACCUAA